UGUGCUUCGCGGCCGGCUGGCGAGGCGAAGACCCGGCGGCAUUGAGUGACGAGAGUCGGCGCGGGCAGCGAAGGGAUGCCUAGUGGGUGGAGAGGUUUGGUUGUCGGAACGGCGGUCUAUGAAGCUUGGCUUCCCGUUUUAGACGGUGCUUUAGGCAUGACGGGUUGUCUUCUCUUGAAAGGAACGAAGUAACCUCUUGCCAUCAAUUAUUAUUGUGAAAACAUGACUUGAGCCCGGUUCCAGGUUGAAUAGCCGGUGGAAGGGUUGGGCCUGGGAGAUAUCUGGUUACUAGUCCAGAAGCGAAGGACAUUUCUUAGACUGAUUUGCGACAGUUCUUUGUCGGAAAAGUUUUAGAGGACACAGACCCUAACCCUCCCUCCUUUUUAAGGGCAGCAGAACCCCGAAGAGCACCAGCCAAAGAAUAAUGGCUUUCCGUUGCAGAGGUGGGAGGGGGUCCUGUAUGCACUCGGAACCUUCAGUACAGGGCUCUUGAUUCCUUGCUGUGCGGAGACUGAAGGAGGUUGCGCAAAAUCAGUGUCGGCGGCAUCCGGAAGGCUUUCAGCGAAGGACUCGUCGGCGUCAUCCGGAAGGCUUUCAGCGACGGCGUUGCAUGGUACCUGGAAAUAUAGAAAGCAGAUGAAAGCAAGCAAUUUCAACCGGAAAGAGACAUUUGUUAUUUUGUAUUGAUAAAAAGAACUUGUUCAUCAAAGCAAAUUCUAUUUUUUUUGUAAUUGUGAUGGCUUUACCCCUCAAGAUGCUUAAGAAGUGUCACUGGCAAAAUGGCUUGCAUGCCUUCUCCAGACCUCUUGUUGUUGGUUGCAACCCAACUCAGUACAGUACCUAUAAAAGACCAGGAACACCACCUGACAGGACACCACCAUGGGCAAAGAUUAACUUUAGCUUUCAGAAAGGCAUAGACGGAAUCAAGACACACUUCGGACGCUUAAGAAAAGAGAUAGGGGAUCAUCUGAGAGGGCCUGAGGGACGUCCAUUAGAUGAAUACAUGUUGGAACAGACAAGAGUAACUUGGCAUUUUCGCAGUGAAGAAGAUUUGAAUAAAUGGAUAAUCUCCUCUGAUGCUGAAAUCGGAGGAAAAAGCGAGAUGUACAUAAAACUGGGUAAGAAUAAUGAGUCUGCUGUAUUAUAUGGGACUCUCAAUACUUUCGUACCUCGGGAUGGAGAGACAAGAUACAGUGGGUACUGUUCCAUGAAAUCAAAGCCACGACUUAUUUCUUUUGACCGAAAGCAUCCUUAUGAUUGGUCAAAUUUCAAUUGCCUGCACCUGCGUAUUCGUGGUGAUGGUAGACCUUGGAUGAUAAACAUCUAUACGGACCCAUACUUCUAUCAUCAGAAGGAUGAUCUUUAUAAUUACUUCAUGUUUACCCGAGGGGGUCCAUACUGGGAGGAAAUCAAGAUCCCAUUUUCUAAGUUUUUUUUGUCAAGCCGGGGCAGAAUCCAGGAUCAGCAGCAUGAACUGUGGUUAGACAAGAUCAGUACUCUUGGAUUCACAUUAGGUGACCAAGUAGAUGGCCCAUUCCAGCUGGAGAUUGACUACAUUGGAUUGGCCAAAGACAGAGCACAUACAGAAGCAUGUGCCUAUGAACAAUAUGAAAUAUAUGCAAAGUAGACGAGCCUUGGGAGCACAAUUAUUCAUCUAAAAUACUUUAGCUGGCAUCUCUUCUACAGAAGGUAAAUGAUAUUCAAGCACUGGAGUCCUUGUCUAUAAAUCUAAUCUCAUGGAGUAGAUUAGUCUGAGCAAAAGCAGCCAUUGGCAAAAUACAGUCCUUUGAAAUGAUUUAGGACCAUCCUACAGAGUUUAGUCCAGCAUGAGACAUGAACUAAUGGUUGAAUUACAAUUUGAGACACCUUCAUUAUUAGCUUACAAAAGUGCAUCAGAUUUAUCCAUCUUUCUUUGAAAGAAAUCAUGUGGUUUUCUGACUUGGGCACAAAAAUGACAGGUGGAACUUUACAUGAGAUUGAAGAGGUGCUUGUUGUCUUAUCUACAAAUAAAGGUCAAGUCUCUUAAAUACA